GCUACGUCAUCAGUCAGCGCCGCGGCAGCGCCCGGCCAUGGCGGAGCCCGGCGAGGCGGGCCGGGAGGAGCUCGGGGUCACCGCUGAGCAGGAGCCGCCGCCCGCGGCCGCCUCCUCCUCCUCCUCCUCCUCCCCCUCGGGGGACGGGGCUGCGGCCGCAGGGGAGCCGGCGACGGCGGCGGGCGGGGGCGAGGCGGGGGAGGCCGGCGGGGGCGGCGAGGCCAAGGCGGAGGCGGCGGACGGGGAGGUGAGGGUCGCGGAGGGGGAGGCGGCGGACGGGGAGGACCCCGGGCUGCUGCCGUCGGCGGCUAAGAAGGUGAAGCUGGAGCUGAAGGAGAGGAAGGAGAAGAAGCACAAAGUGGACGAGGACGAGAUCCAGAAGAUGCAAAUCCUCGUCUCUUCCUUUUCUGAAGAACAGCUGAACCGUUAUGAGAUGUAUCGCCGGUCUGCUUUCCCCAAAGCUGCUAUUAAACGGCUGAUCCAGUCCAUCACCGGCACCUCAGUCUCUCAGAACGUGGUGAUCGCCAUGUCUGGCAUUUCCAAGGUCUUUGUUGGGGAGGUGGUGGAGGAAGCACUGGAUGUGUGCGAGAAGUGGGGGGAGCUGCCACCUCUGCAGCCCAAGCACAUGCGAGAGGCCGUCAGGAGGCUCAAGUCACGAGGACAGAUCCCCAAUUCCAAAUACAAAAAGAUCAUCUUCCACUGAAACAUCCCAAGAGCAGCAAGAGAAGACAGAAAUUAAAACAAGGUUCCUGUUGCGAACCUCGCAACCGCUGCAGCAGAGCUACGAGACUGAAGCUCCCUCAGGAGUGUUGUGUAUAGACUAAGUGACUGCCAGGAGGGCUCCUGCCAUGCCUGCUGAGGUCUGCCUUGACACCCGAGCGCUCUGCAGCAGUGGGCAGGAGCCAAACCUCCGACCAGAGCCUUGAGCUCCUCUGCUCCAACAGAGCAGGGAUGGGAAUGUUCAAGGUCCUCAGCGUAUUGACCCACAGGGGUCAUACUUUCUGCUGGCACAGAUGGGGUUGUGUCUAUGUACAGAGUGUCUCUUUUUUGUAUAUUAAACAUCUUAUUGUAUUCCUAA